GUCCGAGACGGCAGCGCACUACGUCAUCAGCACGCGCCGCGCGUGUCUCAGUGAACAUGUCGGUUUUUCACGAUGAGGUGGAGAUCGAGGACUUUGAAUACGACGAGGACACGGAGACGUUUUACUUCCCGUGUCCCUGCGGAGACCGCUUCGCUAUAACCAAGGAGGAGCUGGAGAACGGGGAGGAGGUGGCGACGUGUCCCAGCUGUUCACUCAUCGUUAGAGUCAUUUAUGACCAGGAUCUGUUUGUUUGUGGAGAAGUCGUCUCUGCCCCGUCCUCGUCCCCCGAGUCCAAACUGGAGCUGAGCCAGUGCUGACCCACGUCCCCCGGAGACGCCCGUCUGUCCUCACACAUCCGAGAGGACGCCUCCAGGUCCAGGAGGACAGUUUUAAUGAGGACGUCUCCAUGUGGACAGUUUUAAUGAGGACGUCUCGAGGUCCUGGUGGACAGGUUUGAUGAGGUGAGGUGGUGGUGGUCUGAGACGUCCAGGUGUUUUGGACUCGUCCUACGUCUCUUGUUGUCCUCAGGACCGGGACCGCGUGGACGGACCAGAGCGUUGCUAUGAAGACCAUGUUUUAAUGUUUGUUCAUGUAAAUAAAUAAAAAUAAAUAAAACCAGAAA